CUGUGGAGGAGUGAAAGGAGGAGCUGCUCAGUAAGUGUGUCACCUUACUAUUUCCUGGAGUCUUCAAAUGAAUUGUCAGCGACCCUGACAGUAUCAAACCUCGCUGUCAGACAGAAACGGCUCCUUACUCGUCCAACAUGGUCUGCAGGACGAUCUUAUGGAGCUUCGUGUAUUUGACUCUGCUGCAGUUUGACGCUCACAGAGCUGAGAAAUGUGAGGAGAUGACAGACCUGGACCUCAAACACUCGCUGACCGGGACGUCUCUGAAUGUGAGGUUACUGUUUUACACCCGGGCCAAUGCGUCCUGCGCUCAGCUGCUGUCCCACCGAGAGCCCUUCAACAACUCUCAGUUCAACCUCAGCUCUCCCACCACCUUCCUCAUCCACGGCUACCGGCCCACCGGAUCACCUCCCAUCUGGCUGAGCGAUUUCGUGAAGUUUCUCCUGAACCGCCGUGACAUGAAUGUCAUCGUGGUGGACUGGAACCGUGGAGCCACCAACAUAAACUACUGGAAAGUGGUGGAUAACACACGCAAGGUGGCUGCAAACCUUACUGAUCUCAUCCAGAAAAUGGAGCACAACGGAGCUGAUCUCAGCUCCAUACACAUGAUCGGUGUCAGUUUAGGGGCCCACAUUUCAGGUUUCACUGGGGCCAAUUUCAAUGGAAAGAUUGGCAGAAUAACAGCGCUGGAUCCAGCGGGGCCGGAGUUUAACGGUCGGCCUCCCAGUGAACGUCUGGACCCGUCUGAUGCCCUGUUUGUGGAGGCCCUGCACACGGACAUGGACGCGCUGGGAUAUCGUGAACUCCUGGGUCACAUCGACUACUACGCAAACGGUGGAGCGGAUCAGCCUGGAUGCCCCAAAACCAUCUUCUCAGGCUCACAAUAUUUCAAGUGUGACCAUCAGAGGUCAGUGUUUCUCUACAUGAGCUCCGUGAACGGCUCCUGUCCCAUCAUCGCCUACCCCUGUGACUCCUACACAAAGUUCCUGGACGGGAAGUGCAUGGACUGUGGGAGGUUUCAGUCGGCCGGGUGCCCUGUUUUUGGUUAUGAUGCCAUAAACUGGAAGGACACACUGGUGCAGCUGAAUCAAACAAGGACAUAUUUCCAAACGAAUAAAGAGACUCCAUUCUGCAAGUUCGGUUAUAAGGUUGAUAUUGUCACAUGGAACCAGAAAACACACUGGGGAUAUUUAACUAUUAAAUUAAGCAACGGACAGAAAGAGACGCAAGUUGAACUCAACCAUAAAUACCUGAUGUUUGAGAGGUUUGUGAAGAGCAGCCUUCUGGCUCUGUUUGACACAGACAUCCAGUCUGUUAAAGAGAUCACGCUGAAGUUCUGUACGGGAAAAGGACUCCGGCCGCGCAAGAAACUGCGGCUCCUGAGCAUCCGCCUCACUCCUCUACAGAACAGCCUCAGGCCUCUGUGUCGCUAUGAUCUCCUGCUGGAGGAAAAUAAAGAUGUGACGUUCCGACCGAUUCCCUGUGAAGACUCCAACUUUUGAUCCGCUUUUGACCGCUGCCUCAGUUACUGACACUGCUGGCGUUCGUAGUCUUUAACUUCUGUUAAAGUGAUCUGAAGUGCUUUCUCUUGGGUCAGCAGAGGAUCCUUCAGAGUUGUAAUUUACUGUUUAUUGUUUUAUUCUCUUCAUGAAGGUACAGCUACACUUCGUUUGUUUUUAUGCAAUGUAAAUAAAUAUUUUUGUAAGUAUA